AUGUCUUCGAGCAGCGGCAGCGACGAAGCUGGACCUUCUACCGGCGUCACGACCCCUUCCCCCGGCUCCCUUAGCCCAUCCCACAAAGUCGGCCAGGAAGGCGAGACGACUGUGGAAGCUCUCGAUGAGGACGAGAGCUACUAUUCAAACGACACACCUGAUGCUUGGAUCGCGCGAGAUGAGCGAAUGAUCCGAUUGACAGGCAAGCACCCUUACAAUGUCGAGGCACCUCUGACAGAGCUGUGGAAAGCGGGCUUCCUGACGCCCCAGUCUCUCUUCUACGUCCGCACGCACGGUGCCACGCCACAUGUGACCAAAGACGAAGCCAAAUCAUGGACAGUGCGGGUGCACGGUCUCGUGCAACGGGAGAUGUCCUUCACCAUCGACGAUCUAAAACGCCUUUUCCCUACCGUCACGCUGCCAGUCACGCUCGUAUGCGCCGGCAACCGCAGGAAGGAGCAGAACAUGGUGGCGAAGGGACUUGGCUUCAACUGGGGCGCUGCCGGCGUGUCGACUGGCCUCUUCACGGGUGUCUACCUGGCAGAUAUCCUCGAUUACGUGCGACCGAUCCGGCCAAAAGGAGCUUUCCCUUAUAAUCGAGACUCGCCGGGCUGUGCAAAGCAUGUCAUUUUCGAGGGAUGUGACGAGCUCCCCAAGGGCAAAUAUGGCACUUCGCAGAGGCUUCAAUGGGCCAAGGAUCGCAACAAGGGAAUGCUCAUUGCUUGGGGGCUGAACGGAGAGGAGCUCUCGCCCGAUCAUGGAUACCCGCUCCGGCUCAUCGUACCCGGACAGAUUGGGGGCAGGAUGGUCAAGUGGCUCAAUCGCAUCGAAGUAUCAGACAAGGAAUCGCAGCACUACUUGCACUUCUGGGACAACAAAGUCUUGCCGACGGAAGUAACGGCGGAUCAGGCAAGAAAGGAAGAACAUUGGUGGUAUGAUCCGAAAUACAUCAUCAACGACCUUAACGUCAAUGCCGCAAUCACGGUGCCAGCGCACAACGAAGUGAUGCAGCUGCCGUCUAGCUCAACGACCACAAAAAUUUGCGGUUACGCCUACACCGGGGGUGGCAAGAGGGUUCACCGCGUUGAAAUCAGCCUCGAUGAGGGCAGAUCAUGGAAGCUGGCCGAGAUCGAUACGGCCGAAGACAAGUACAGGAUUGCACCGAUCCGCGAUCAUCCCUUCUUUGGCACCCUCGACCUGAGCGAGACGGAGAUGAGCUUCGCAUGGUGUUUCUGGGAGCUCGUGGUUGACGUCGACAAGCUGGCGGGCGCCAAGUCGAUCGCUGUCCGUGCCACCGACGAGGGCCUGGCGAUGAUGCCGAGAGAUAUGUAUUGGAACGCCAUGAGCAUGAUGAAUAAUUGCUGGUUCCGUGUCGCCGUUCACCGCGACGAACGGGAAGGAGACAGGACGGGAACGCUCAAGUUCGAGCACCCGACGGUGGCGGGGAACAAUCCUGGCGGGUGGAUGGAGAGGAUGAACGAGGACGGCUUGAAUCCGCGGUAUCCUGAUUUCAGCGUUCGUGCCGAUCUUUCGUCGUCAGCAGAAGAGCAACAGAAGCAAGGAGAGGAAGGGGAAAGGGGCAAGCCGGCGAAGAAGGAGAAGGUAGACGUCAAGAAAAUUAUGAUAGACGAAGCCAAAGUUGGCAACGAGAUCUCGGCAGAAGAUCUGGCCUCGCACGCCAACGAGGAGCAACCGUGGUUUGUUGUUCACGACCAAGUCUAUGAUGGCACAUCUUUUCUCAAGCAGCAUCCAGGCGGAGGCGAGUCCAUCACCCUAGUCGCCGGCGAAGAUGCGACGGAAGACUUCAUGGCGAUCCACAGCAUGGAUGCAAAGGUUCAGCUCCGCGACUUUCACAUCGGCAAGCUGGCCCCCGGAGCGUUGUCGGGCGACGACGGCAAAGACAGCAAGCAAGAAGAGGCACCAGACGCACCGUUCUUGCGUCCCAAACACUGGAAGAAGUCGAAGCUUGUAGAAAAGAUUGAGGUAUCGUCAGACUCUCGCAUCUUCCGAUUCGCCCUUGAUCGACCAGACCAGGAAGUGGGCCUGCCGGUCGGCCAGCACGUCUAUGUCCGUGUCCGCACCACGAGCCAAGAUGGCGAAGAGAGCGAGACAAUCCAAAGAGCCUACACACCCUUCUCCGGCAACGAUCAGAAAGGUUUCCUCGACAUUCUUAUCAAGGUUUACUUCCCCUGCGCUGAAUUUCCACACGGCGGUAAGAUGACGAACGCCCUCGAGAAUCUCAAGGUCGGAGAAGAUUCGGUGGAGCUCAAGGGACCGUUGGGCCACUUCAUCUUUGAGGGCGCUGGUCAGGUAAAGAUCCACGGUCACUCCCGACGAAUCAAGAAUGUGGCCAUGAUCGCGGGUGGGUCGGGCAUCACGCCUAUCUGGUCGACGCUGAAGGCUCUCGUCGAUGAUGAAGCCUCAUCCGACGUCAAUGUAUGGAUCCUCGAUGCCAAUCGUACAGAGUCGGACAUUCUGGCUCGGAAGCACCUCGACGAGGUCGUUGGCCGAGCCGGGGCCCGUAUCAAGCUGUGGCACAUUCUGAGCGCAAAGGACGUCGCACCAGACUGGGCAAUGGGCAGGGGACGGAUAACGCUCGAUGUUCUACAGAAACAUCUUCCGCCUGCUCCGACAAAACCCACGUCGGACACUGAGCUCGAAGACACGUUGGCCCUGCUAUGCGGUCCCCCACCGAUGGAGAAUGCAGUGCUCAAGGGCCUAGAAGAGCUUGGGUGGGAUACAAAACGCACUGUCGUCCAGUUCUGAUGAAUGUUCAGCAUACACAAAAGCAAUCAUGCAGCAGCAUCUGUACUGUAAUGAGCCACUGUAAAUGAAUCAUUUGAGCGCAGGUUCUACAUGACUCUCUCUACACCACACACAUCUGAUGGUUGUGGCCGUAUCUAGGUGUUCCUGCUUUGGCCAAGCCAAGCAAGGCCGCCGGGGGAUGCAGAUUGGAAAAUAGGGAACAUUCUUAUACUCCGAGAAGUCGUCUCGUCGUUACGGCGAGCUACAACUCGAUCUCCAGGGUGCGAAGAGGGUGGACUGCAAGACUGGCCUGGAGCAGCAUGCCCCAAGUUUGCCGACUCAUGCUUGUUUGUGGACCUAAAAUAGCGACGAAUUAUACAACAAACAACCCCUAGCCAAGCAAAUAGCACCAAAAGAGGGAAGACAAAGCC